UUUGUCCGACUGACACGCUCUAGUUUGUAAAGGGGCUCUCGCUGAAUGUGCAGGCGCAGACUCAAGACUUAAUUGCGCUCUUUUUUUGAGUAAACCCGUCAUUCUGAAUCCUCCAGGAUGGAUAUGAAGAAGCGAAUUCAUCUGGAGUUGCGUAACCGAACGCCGUCGGACGUGAAAGAACUCGUGCUCGAUAACUGUCGGUCAAAUGAAGGCAAAAUCGAAGGCCUUACAGAUGAGUUUGAAGAGCUGGAGUUUCUAAGCACAAUCAAUGUCGGCUUAACCUCGGUCGCCAACCUGCCCAAGCUCAACAAACUAAAAAAGUUGGAGCUCAGCGACAACAGAAUCUCAGGUGGUUUGGAGGUCCUGGCAGAGAAAUGUCCCAACCUCACUCAUCUCAACCUCAGUGGCAACAAGAUUAAAGACCUCAGCACUAUCGAACCACUGAAAAAAUUGGAAAGUCUCAAAAGUUUAGACCUGUUUAACUGUGAGGUAACAAACCUGAAUGACUACAGAGAAAACGUCUUCAAACUGCUGCCACAGUUGACAUAUCUCGAUGGCUACGACAAAGAAGAUAAAGAGGCGCCUGAUUCUGAUGCAGAGGCCUAUGUGGAGGGAUUGGAUGAUGAAGAUGACGAUGAUGUAGAUGAUGAGGAAGACUAUGACGAAGAGGCAGCUCCAGGAGAGGAAGACGAUGAAGAAGAAGGAGAUGAGGAGGAUGAUGAGGAAGGAGAAGAAGAGGAGGAGGAAGAUGUCAGUGGAGAGGAGGAAGAGGAGGAGGAUUUAAAUGACGGAGAAGUUGAUGACGAGGAUGAAGAUGAGGAGGAGCGGGGUCAGAAAAGGAAAAGGGAUUUGGACGAAGAAGGCGAGGAGGACGAUGACUGAACAUGCACUCUUGGGUUUCCUUUGUGAUCCGACUGUUUUAACCUCUGUUUCUAUGUCCUGAUGUUGUUUUGCGGUGGUUUGGGGAAGUAUGCAAAUGGUAGGGGUGGGUCAGUAGACAAAUGAGGACACCAGUUUGAAUAUUAUGUUUUUUUUUUUUUCUUUUUUAAACUUUGACCCCAUUUGUUUUCUCCCAAACCUCUACAGCUAACUGGCAACAUGUCGGUAAUUUUCUGUUGUCAGAAACAAAAUUCAAAAAACAAGUUCUGUGUUGCUUUCUUUUUGUAAUUUUUAUUCUCCCCUUUACUGUUGAUGCCUAUUCAGAUUGCUUAUACAGAUUGCUGGGUAUGACUUAUGUAUUUAAAUGACAAAAAAUACCAAAAACCUUUUAAAAACAGCAUGUCUGGCUCUAUUUUAAAUUUGACUACAGGAUUUCAAGAGGGUUUUGUUACCCACUUUUUUAAAAUCACACAUUUUUUGUUUUGUGUACUUUGCAUCUCUUUGGUGUUGUCAUCACGUGGCGUGCUGUUUGAGCGCAGAAGAGACGUCGGGAUAUCGGCUCAAACGUGCGCGCUGCGACCUCUCAAUGUGAUAUUUUUUUUAAUGUUUAUUUAGAACUGAAUGUCUGCCAUUGUCAAAUGAUUUUCCUAAAUCCCUUCUCCUUCUUGCGUGGAUAGUUCAGAGGUCUCGUGUUCUUUGUAAAUAAUGACCAAAUAUAUUUUUUUCUAUUCCCUUUGAUAACGGCAGACAUUUCAACAGUAAAUCUCAGUUGUACCUGUUAACUGUAAUAAAACAAAUGAAAACACA